AUGAACAGGUCUCACAUUCAGCAAUCAUUGAAGGAUAUCGUUCCCAAUUUUGCAGGAGCAUACCCUCCAGCUCUUCUCUCAUACAUUGACUCAGUCUAUCAGUUGAGUUUGCAAAAACUCCCUAUACUCCCUCACAAGGCCGAUGUCGCCCGAUACCACUUAUGCACAUACUUGACAGUCGAGAGAUAUCAACAAAAGUUUUCGCUUCCGACGCCAAAUCUACAAAAAGUGCCUGUUCAGCCAAAGUUUCUCGAGAAGCUUUUAGAUGAUAUCCAGGAUAAAGUCAUGUCUUCAAUGUCCACACCAGCUUCAACUCCAAAGAAGCUUUUCGCGGAUGAGAUGCUGCCAUCCAAAAAACGGCCAUUCACGCCCACAGUGGGGUCACCGUUGAGAAAGCUUCAAAAACUUCUGGGCAUACAAGACGAACCCCCCCAAAAGGCGGUGGAGUCUCCUUUCAAUACUCCCUUGAAGUCGCUGGCGACAAGUCCCACGCGAGACAUUUUCAAAACCCCAAGAACUUCGCCUGCGAAGAACCCGCAAACAUGCUCGCCGUCUUCAUCGCGGUAUCUCAAGCAAUUGUCUAUCCCAGACUUUGUGUCAUUUGCCAAUAAUUUCUACAUCCCUGCUUCGGUAACUCCACAUCUUUUAGAAAUGUUUGUAGCCGAGCGAUAUAAAUUUGUGAGAAGAAACGAAUGGCUAUUAGCGUGCGGCUUGAUACAUGCUGCAUAUGUCCGAAUCAAUGACAAGCUAUUCAAAAAUACAAUCGGGAAAAAAUCUGAGUUCCAGGACCAGCUCUUUCAAUAUCAAAAGGGAAAUCUCAUGAAGAAAGUCAUGAUCGAAUGGAUCAACCGAGUUGAGGAAUCAGUCAAGGGUCAGCCGUGGGCCUUAGAUUUGGAGUUGAAGUACGUGCACAAUGAUUGGACAGUUGAAGAUACUACACGUGAAAAAGAAAUUGAGGCAAAGCUUGGAAAAGGCUGGGAGAUUGUUCGUGGGCUCGGCUCCUUUAUUGACCCUUCUGUGAUGUUCGAUAAGCCGUCGCAGAUCGAAUACUACAAUACAUGGGCGCGGCGAUUACGCGAAAAAGUCAAGUCUUUGGGAACCCCACCACCAGAAACUAGCCAAGACUUGCCGCUGUCGACUUGA